UCGCCAGACGUGAUUUCUCACUACCGAUCCGUGUAAGACCAAAAGCCCUACUCUCUAACAUGAGCUCCUCGGCGUACGCGGCCGGCUAUGGCCAACCGGAAGAGGAAGUCUUUUACUCCACCUACGAACCAACGCCAGAAGAAAUUACGGAAUACGCUAUGAAAAUUGGUAUCGAUCCUGAUAAGGAAGCCAAUCUAGUCUAUCUCGCACGCCAAGGACUAUUACACCCGUUGCCCGAACACUGGAAACCGUGCUACAGCAAACAGGUCAAAGCCUACUACUACUACGAUCGUAUCUCGAAAAAAUCUCAGUGGGAGCAUCCGAUCGACGUGCUGUACCGCGCCAAGGUAGCCGACGCCAGGAAGGCGACGUCGCUGGAUAGAUCCGACUCUGCCUCACUCGGUGACUCCGGGUUCCGCAGCCUAAAAUCGGCACACGAUAAAUGUGACACGUCAGUGGUGGGUCCGAGUAGCAAGUCCAGCAAUCUGGCAGGAUCCAACGAACCUCCAAAAGUAGAUGAUAGUGCUGCGAUCAAGCAGGGAGUACAGGUACAAUCACUGGGGCCGACACAAUCGGCACCGCACAACGAGGAGGUAGAUGACGACGAAAGCGACUCCAACAAGGAGAACAAUAGUCAGGAAGCAAUUGCAAGUGGUGCUAUCGGUGGAACAGUAGGUGAUAUUCGAUCGGACGGUGGUGAUGUCAUGGCGCUCUCGACAAAACUGUCGUUUAACGUAGGCGCAAGUGUGCGCGAUCGGGCCGCGGAUGGUACCGCGGGAUUGCCGCAGAUUCUGGGCAGCAAAUUCGGCCGGAUACAGGGUUUCACCCUGUCCGGCACCGGCUCGCAGUUUCUAAAGUCCAACAAAAAACCCGAGUUCGGCAGUCUGGAACUGGUUAACCGUAAAUCGGAGUCGGAGGUGAAGGGGAUACUGCGGGACUCGAGCUUGACGUACAUGCGCAACAAAACCACUCCGAAUGAAGACUCGGGGUCGGACGAGAGGAAAAGUGUGCGCUUUGAUAUAGAGCUGAAGACCACCAUGAUAGAGACGGUGCCAGACGAUUCGCUGAUCUACUUCGACGAGGUUGAAGAAGUGGGCGACAACGAGUUGGCCGGGAAGGGGCCCAAGGAAGAUGGAGAAGGUGAUGGCGAUGACGAUGACGACGACGGCGACGACGAUGAUAAUGAGGAAGAUGAUGACGAGGGUGGUAGUGACAAUGAUGUUUGCAGAAAUAUCGAAACCGAACACAACGCUGACGCCGGAGAGGGCGACCACAUAACAGGUUCAAUUCAAUCCACGGCACCAGACGAGGCGAUCGUUGGCGAGCAGGAAGAGGAACUGGGUGGCAUUGUGAAACAGCUGAAACAGACGAUCGAACGUGAGCGAGCCCAAUACCAGGCCAAUCUGGAAGAGGAACUAAACUCGUUGGCGACUCUCGAGAAGGCCAACAUACAGAACGAGCUAUCGAAAGAGCGCCGACGCUACGACGAGCUGCUGGUGCAGGAGAAACAACACCUGGCGCAGCAACACCAGGACAACCUGGAGGAAAUCAAGGAGUUCUACCAGGCCAAGCUGAACGAGAUGAAGAAAGAUAAAGAGGAGGACACCAGCAAGGAGUACGAGGCGUACCGGGUCACACUGCAGGAGGAGUUCGACCGGAAGGUGAAGGCAGUAACCGAGGAGCACCGGGCGACGAUGGCGACGCUGCAGAAGAACCACGACGAAAUCGUCGAGGAGCUAGAGCGGGACCUCAAGAUGGAGGAGGAGUUGCUGAAGAAGGAGCAAGGAAGAAGUCUGACGGAGAUGAAGAUCAAAUUGAACCACGAGCUCGAGGUGGAGCGUCAGCGAAUGCGCGAAACGGGCGAAGAUCGCCUGUACGAGAAGGUGCGCUGUGAGAAGCGCCUUCUGGAGGACAAGUACAAGUGCUUGAAGGAGAAGUACACCCGGCUGAAGACGGACGUGCGCAUUUCGCUUGAGAGACGCAAGAAGCGCCGCGAGCAGCAACAGCAGCAAUCGCCGUCGCAGUUGCCACAUCAGCACAACCACCAGCACAGUCUGCUCAGCAACAGCUACGAAACGGACGACCGGACGACUUCGAAGCCGCUGCCACCGUCAUACCCACCGUACGGGAAGCCCGCUUCGUCCUCCGGAAUGCUAGCGUCGGAGAUAUCCUCCAUCAGCAUGCCAUCGCCGUCGGCGGCCUAUAAACGCUUUCCGCAUAAAGGAAGCGCUGGCCACGCGGAAGUCAACAAGAGCAACAAAAUGCUCUGUUUCACCGCCGGCGGCGAGUCCCAAAAGGCGCUGAAGCUAGUACAUCACAAUAUGAACGGAACGAACCAUAACGGCAACAACAUUAACAACAACGUUAGCUACAGCAACAACAAUCACACCAACAAUAAUAACAAUAACGUAAAUAAUAAUAAUCAUAAAAAUCGCGGCACCACCAACAACAACACGGACGCCACGAGCCAGAGCGAAACGACGCAGUCCAAGAGCUACUUUCAGUUGCGCAACAUCUUUGCGAGUGUACAGCGCGAGGACAACUUCAGCUCGGAUUCCGAGUUCGACCGUAACCACACGGCAAUGGCGGUGGCCGACUGCAGUAGCACCACCAGCCAGAGUGUUGUGCCCGUAAGCCGCCAGAAGCGCAAGAUUUUCACCAAAACCAAAUCCGCCUCCACGUCGAAGCUGAACUCCACCAGGCACGAACGAGACGCUAGGCCGUGUACGCCCGUGGAAAACCUGCGGAUUCAGUUGAAGAAACUGGAGGAACUGGAAGAUCAGAUACCGGAGUGUAACAUUGACGCACCAUACCAUCUGCGGUACCCGUUCAUUAGCGAGCAUGUUGGCAACCACGUGGACACUAAUGGUGGUGCCGCCGGCAGUCCCAAAGGCCAAGGGGUGGGAUAUGGCAGCAGCAGCGAGAUGGAGUUCUUCAAGCAUCGCAUUCUACUCGAGCGUGACUCUGUCCAGCGCGCGAAGGAGUCUCUGCGAACGCAGAAGAACGUCUUCAAGUCCAAACAGCACGACAUAUCGAUGAAGUAUACGAUGCAAACCAGCCACGCCAUAGAACAGAUCUUCGGAGAGGAAAAAGAACUCAUCGAAAUGGAGGUGUCGUUGCACCGUACACGGGCCCUGCUGGGUGAGAAGGUUAUCCGCUUGCGGCAUCUUGAGCGUUCUCUACAGAAGUUGGCUGAAAAGGACGUCGGGCCAGCAAACCGUGCGGAGCAGCUCGAUCGGACGCCCAAGCCGAAGGAAACACUGAGUGAUCUAUCGUCCUACUCGAAUUCAGGCUUCAGUAGCACGGACCUACCCUUCACCGAGCACUGUAGUCGUGUAAUACGCACUAUGGACCUACCCAAAGACGCCAGGCAGAAUGAAGCAUUACUGUACUUGGAACAUUUGCACUCAGAGAUACAAGAAAUCUGGUGUUUGUUAAAUCCGGCCAUUGCAUCGCCGGACAGUAAGUUCGAUAUGAUGAAUUUCGUCAACAUUACCAACAAACACUCUACCACCGAGACGGUACUACCGCUGAAGUCAGUUGCACCGGCUGGCGUUAUUGGGCCACCCGGCGGGCAACAGACGGUGGCGGACCACGAGCAACCACAUCAAUAUACGGCCAAUCUGCUGGACAAAAUCCGGGAUCUCAAGAACUGGUUACGACAGGCCAAAAACGAGAAUGAAAUCAUCAACAAGCAAUCGUUCGACUGAACAGUGCGCCGUAAUGUCGCCAUUUCUUGGGCGUAGUUUUACUUGAAUAACCAUUCUUAGAAACUUUUUUAAAUACGGUUUAGCCGCCGAAUUGUUUCAGACAAACUACUUCCGAGUGCAAAGAUAGUGAAAGAGUAAGAGAUCGCCCAUCUUACACAUUUCCAAACACCUGUUAAUGUCGCUGGAAGCGUGUUGGGCAGAAAGAGAAUGGGGAAAGUUAAAGUUUUACUAGUUAAGAUUUUAGAAUAUCUUUCGUUUAAGUGAAGCAUGCAAUGGACAACCAUUUUAUAUUUUAUUGAGUGAUUGGUUGAAUCACCAAAGUACUGUCGGUUGUUUUGUAUGUUAAACUUCACGUUUUUCUUGAUGUUCGUUUGUAUGGUUUCGUGAACAUCGUCCAAUCGUCUCUUGAAUGGUUGUGCCAAUAAGUAUACUUACGUUUUAGUUAUACUAGCCCGGCAGUUAUCGCAGUUAGCUAGUGAGCAGAGGAAAACCAGUUUCCCCUACGUAUCGACAUGGACUGACAUAUUAAGCGUUUUCGGUCACUUGUUCUUUAGCCCCCCUUUUUGAUAGCGUUUUUCAAUCAAUUUCUCGAAGGAGCAGAAGCAUAGUCAAAUUGGUCAUUCAAUUCCGCUAUUCUCAAAUGGGAUCAUAAUAUUACGGAGAUAUCGACAUCAAUACGGAUAGCCGUAGCGAAAUUUACAUUUCGCCAGGAAAUAAGUAAAU